AUGCCCACCACUCUUUAUACGUUUGGUCUCGCCUUCCAUUUCUUCUCCACGAUCGCAUCUGCAGUGCCCGUCGCGGACGCAUCUGAUCCCUGCAGCACCCUUGCAGCACUCAACGGGACCCGCAUCAGCUACAAAGAUGUCGCCAAUUGCUACCGCAACAUUCCAUACGACAGCACUAUCUCUUCAUCCACCCUGAGUGUCUUGGAUACCCUCUUUCGAGAUUUUUAUAUCUUCCGAGAUGCAGCUUUAACGCCAAGGCUACCGGAACCGUUUACCUCACCUCCUGUGGAUAUUAUGAAAGAACUGGGGAUGAUCCGCAUGACCAGAUAUCAAACUGACUUUGAUCUCCAUUCAGCUAUCAUGACCGCUAUCUGGAAACUCAAUGACCCCCAUGCUGUCUACUCUCCUGAUUGCUACUCAGCCUACUCUUUUAGCCAAUCCCUCCGUCUUUACGCGCCUGUUGCCAAAGGCCAGCAGUCCUUGCGUGUCUUUAGGGAUGAGCGCGGUAGAGGUCUCGAGGACUGUAGUGCAAUAACAAUCAAUGGUCUUCCUGGUUUGAAAUACAUGCAACGCUGGGCAGAUAAAUACGCUCCGUACUCCAAGGACAGCGGGGUCCGCAUGAACUUUGCUCUAGCCUCUCAAACAUUCGACCCUAGGACUCAGUCCUUCACACUCAGUUCUGGAGUGUUUAGCGAGCGAUAUAAUCUGCCUGAGCAGGAGUUUGUAGAGUAUGAACUUCAGUGCCCCGACAACAACAACAGGUCGACCGGGGAUAGAGGCACCAGAACGGUGCGGUUGCAGGAGGAAUGGCUGAUCCAACCUCAAAUAAUAAGCGCCUUUCGUGACACGACCUCGUAUGUACACGCGGUGUGCCUGCGGUUCCCAUCUGUCAAGCCUCGUCGUUCGAUUAAGUCUCAACGGGGCGAGCGUUCUCUUCCUCCUGCGAUGGAACACAAGGUACCGUUCCCGAAGCGGAGCAUCUCAAGCCAUAACACGCCUUCUGAAGUGUUGCGAGACGCCGAGUUCAUUAUCUCAGGCAACGGAACCAGCUUCUAUCGUCUUAAGAGCCUGCCCCACGUUGGUAUCAUGGUCGUGUUCACGCAUGAGACCACGAAUUCGGAAAUGAGUGUUAUCAAGCUCGGUCUCGACACUCUGCACCGGCUGAAUGUCACCCAUAUCAUCCUCGACCUACAAGGCAACAUGGGUGGUUUUGUCGAUUUUGCGUCCCUACUGACGGAACUCUUCUUCCCCCGGAAGAUGAGGAAGGCGAAAUCAUCCGCACAUGAGCCCGAUCCACUCGAAAAAUCGUUCGUGAGCGACACCCGCGUCAGCUCAAUGGUCCAACGCGCAAGCGGACUAUUGACAGGGGCGAAGGUGCCAUCGUUCUUUAAUCCUUAUUUCUAUUUCGACUUCAAGACUGAGCGUUCUUAUACGUACAAUCUCUUCCACCAUCCCGUCCCGCAGAUUCGAAAUGGGAGGUCAGCACUUUAUUCUCCAUUAUUGACACUGAAUCCUACGAAUAUCUCACGCGUCGCGGACACCCAUUCUUAUGCCUGGACGAACGACCCCUCCAAGAUCCUCAUCCUGAGUGACGGUCGAUGUGGCUCCGCCUGUGCGUUGACUUGCCACCUCAUGCGAGCCAAGUAUAACGUCACCGGGAUCGCUGUGGGCGGUCAUCAGGGCGAAGCUCUUUCCAUGUUCUCGUUUGCGGGUGGAGCCUUGACGACUUUGGAUCAAAUCCAUAAUACAUUUGAAUCGGUCAAUGUUGCGUCGCCGAUAAAACAGUUACCUUAUCGAGGGCGGGCCACGGUCCCGAUCCUGGAGGUCUAUCGGUAUGGCAGAUCAAAGGGUUGGGUCGAGGGUUUGCCCGAGGAAAUGGGCCGUCGGGUGGACAGAGGGGUGCCAUUGGAGUACGAUGCAGAGAGCGCCAAGGCCGAUGAGCAUUUGGAUUUAGGGGUCGACACGGCGCGGAGGCGAGAUGCGCUGUGGGACCAGGUCGCACGGACUGCUUGGGCCACUGAUUCGUAG